UUGUGUGUUUGUAGAAAGGAUCGUAGACUCCGUCUUUUGUUCUUUCUUGGACAGAGGUUCACAGAGUGACUCCUCUGUCUCCGUAGACAAUCUUUGUAGUGCCAUAAACUGCCGCUUGAGUCCACUGUCUGUGAACCGGAGGCUCGGAGCUGCCGCUACUGGGCGAACAGUUAAUGUUCAACGGUAGGCGGUACUUUAUAACCUGGUGUCCGAAUCUCCUCCGGAGAGCCAGCAGCAUCCUCACGGCAGUGACAGGCAGACGGGAAAGGUCGCAGUAAUUAGAGGAGAAGAAGAGACGAGGAUGACGAGGAGAUAGUUGGAAACAUCGUCCACAGUCGUCCACACCACUGUCCCCGUCAUGGAGCAGGACGCUGCAGCAGCCAAGGCGGACGCCCACCCUCAGCUGACGUACAGGGUCGAGCGCCCAGUCUAUAAUGAAGCCGUCCUCCAGACGCAGAUUCUCACCCGGAGAGAAAACAGCGCCACCCUCAGAGAGAGGCUGGGCCAACACUUCAGGUGUUCGUCGUCCAGAGCCAAAGCCGCCGUCCAGAGCUUCCUGCCUAUCCUGACGUGGCUGCCGUCCUAUCCGGUCAAAGAGUACUUGUUUUCUGAUGUGGUGUCAGGCCUCAGCACUGGAGUGGUGCAGCUGCCUCAAGGUCUGGCCUAUGCUAUGCUAGCUGCCAUGCCUCCUGUUUACGGCCUGUACUCGUCGUUCUACCCUGUUCUGCUCUACACCGUCUUUGGAACCUCCAGACACAUAUCAGUGGGAACCUUCGCCGUUAUCAGUCUGAUGAUUGGGGGCGUGGUCGUGCGGGAGGCGCCAGACUCCAUGUUUCCCAGCGCUCAUGGGAACGGAACCAACGUGACGGCGCUCCUGGACACGAGGGACCGGGACAUGAAGAGAGUCCAAAUAGCCGUGGCGCUAACGACCCUGGUGGGAAUCAUCCAGAUCAUGUUUGGUCUCCUCAGGUUCGGGUUCGUGGCCAUCUACCUCACCGAGCCUCUGGUGCGAGGCUUCACCACGGCGGCGGCCGUGCACGUGUGCGUCUCCCAGCUGAAGUACCUGCUGGGGGUGAAGACGCAGCGCUUCAGUGGACCCUUCUCUGCAGUCUACAGCGUCAAAGCGGUCCUGAUGGACAUCACCAGCACCAACGUCACCACCCUCAGCCUCGGCCUGGUCUCCAUGGUCUUCCUGUACGCCAUCAAAUACACCAACGAGCGCUUCAAGAAGAAGCUGCCCAUCCCCAUCCCCGGGGAGAUCAUCGUCGUCAUCGUGUCCACGGGCGUCUCCUACGGCAUGUCUCUGUCUCAGGACCACGCCGUGGACGUGGUUGGGGACAUACCAACAGGGCUUCACCCCCCCGCUGUCCCAGACUUCUCUCUGUUGCCCAGUCUGGUCACGGACGCCUUCGCUGUAGCCAUCGUGGGAUUCUCCAUGGGCAUCUCUCUGGCCAAGAUCUUCGCCCUGAAGCACGGCUACAGUGUGGACGGCAACCAGGUGGGUGGAGCCAAACUCCUGAUGGGACGCGACCCACACAUUUAUCUACACACACUGUGUUGGUUUAAACCUGCCUUACACGCCGAAAGGUCCUGGGUUCGAAGCCCAGUGGAACCACAUUGGUCAGAGGGGGUGUGGUCGGGGUGUGAACGUCCUCUGUCUUUUCUUCUCAGUCCAAAGAGUGGAAUCCUGGGCCACGUCCCUGGGACUGGGCUGUACUACGAUGUAGACGAGUACGAGGAGGCGGCUGAAUUUGAGGGGAUUAAGAUUUUCUACUCCAACUCCUCCGUCUACUUCGCCAACAGUGAUCAUUAUGUCAACACCCUGAAGAAGAAGACUGGACUAAACCCUGAACGUCUACAGACCGCUCGUAAACUCCGACAGAAACAGGAGACGACGACGACGACAGAGGAUCAGAAUUCUCCACUGAAGAUCUGUGUGAAGUAUGACCAACAGAAGGUGACCCAGGAAGUUGUGUGCAGUAAUCACCUGCAGGAGGAGAACACUGACGGUCCACUAGGGGGACGCCACCCAUCAGAACCAGAGGAGGCGGUCCACCUCAGGUCCAGGAGCGGCGUCCACUCCGUCAUCUUGGACUGGACGCCAGUCACGUUCGUGGACUCUGUCGGGGCCAAAGCCGUCAAACAGGUCAUGAAGCAGUACGCAGCCGUGGAUAUCCAGGUGCUGAUUGUAACCAGCAACAGAAGUCUUUUGGACGAGCUGGAGACGCUGCAGUUCUUUGGGGGAGUGGUCUCCAAAGACAUGGUCUUCCCCACGGUCCACGACGCCGUGCUGCACUGUCUCCAGUCCAGGGGGAGGAGCAGCUUCAGUGGAGCGGAGCAGGAGGUCUGAGGUGAUCACUAAUCAAAGACAGGACUGUCCAGGCCCAGGUCCAGGUCCAGGUCCAGGUCCAGGGUUGGUUUGACACUGAAGGUGCUGCCGUUUGGUGGACGAUUCCUGGUCUAAAGUUAGGACGACGUUAGAUUUUUCACAGAAUGAUCCACAAACCAAAGACAAACAGUUUUACUGCCACGGAGAGAAAUGAACAAAACUUUGACUUAUGCAGUUAUACACAGAUAUAUGUGUAUAUAUGUACACACAUUUAUAUACAAAUAUAUGUUUAUAUUUAUAUAUGUGUAUAAAUGUACAUACAUUUGUGUACAAAUACAUGUAUAUACAUACAUAUAUUUAUAUACAAAUAUAUAUGUAUACAUAUAUGUAUAUAUAUUUUUCUGACUUCUUUCUUCUUAGUAAAUAUAUUUCUGAAGGUAAUUUAGUGAAAGGGUUGACCCUCAGCUGGAAGUUAUUUUAGUUCUUGUUGUUUAAGCUGCAACAUGUGUGUGUGUGUGUGUGUGUGUGUGUGUGACACCCACAGCUGUACUGUAUUUCUUCACCUGUGAACCAUGAUGACCAGCAGCACUGACCUCUUCUUCAGCCUGGACUCUGUUACAGUGCAGUCCAAUCACUGGAGUUUGUGCUGAACUUCUGCUGUUACAGUGUAAACACGGGCUGUUAGUACAAAUGGACACGGUGUUCUGGGGGGGGGGGGGACCAUGUGACCAUGUGACUGUUUGAUAGGUAAUAGAGCCGUGAGAAUUGAAAUAAACGUUGUUUUUACAGACACGCCGUCUUCGCCUGACCUGAUCCUACCGCAGCUGACGUUUACAGACACGUCAUAGGAGGGAGGAGUCAGCGAGGGCUUCUAGUAUAAAAAUAACUUUAUAAAGUGCUUUUAAUGUGUUAAAUACACAUGAUAUUAACUUUAACGAGGACACGACAGGUUCUUCUGUGCAGUAUAAAGUCAUAACAGCAGCUGAAAUCUAUCAAUAAUCAACACGUUAACGAUCCUGACCCUCGACAGUUAUAAUUAAUUUCAGCCGUUUCAGUCUUUAACUGCUGCCCAAUAAAAAGACGUCUUAUUACGGGGGCGUCUCACAACAAACGUCGUGAUUUACUAAAGUAAAGACUCUUACCAAUAUAGUCAUAACUGAGUUAUUGUAAAACAUACUGUAGGCGCUGGUCACAUUCAUAAACUUCUGAUCGUUCUCAUAACAUCGACAAACGAGGCUUUAUGAGCAUGUUACUGAGAAAGGAGGGCGUGGGUGACAUCUGCUGGCAGAGUCGGUGAUGUACAGCCUUGUAAAGGUGACGCCGACAAAACUCGUGUUUUGUUUCACUGUAACGAUCUAGCUCUACUAUCACUACUGUCAGACUGACAUCGAAUUAUUUUCCCAUUGGUUUUUAUUAAAAAUAAAGAUCCCCUGAUAUCAUUGUUGCUCUAACACUCUCAAUGAUGAUACAUUGUUUGCCAAUGAAGAAUAAAAGAAAAAAAUCA